CUUGACUCUAGACGCCGGUCCCCUUCAUGCCGUCUCAUGUCUCAAGCUUGCUGCUCGCUUCUCGAUCGCCGCUCAUGGUGUAAUGAUCCCAUCGUCGCUAUGGAUCAAAUACCUCCCCAAGGACUGGCUGGCGAAGCAUUGCACUUCCAUCCCCAAAUGCAAGCAAGCCCACGCCGUCCUCCUCCGCGCCGCCUUCUUCCACCACAACCACUUCGCCAGCAAGCUCCUCUCUUUCCUCGCUGUCUCCCCCUCCGGCGACCUCAACUACGCCCGGAAAAUCUUCUCCCAGUUAGACAGCCCGGAUGUCUUCAUAUGGAACACAAUGAUCCGAGGCCACGCCAGAGGCCCCAACCCUUCCGAUGCCCUGUCCUUCUUCGACCUCAUGGUCCAUUCCGGCGUCGGGACCGAUCACCACACAUACCCAUUUGUGCUCACAGCCUGCGCUCGCUUGCAAGCUCCCCGGCUCGGCAUGCGGUUUCAUGGCGAGACGGUUAAAGCUGGGCUGGAGUCUGAUGUGUUCGUGCUUAAUUCUUUGAUUCAGACGUACGCAAACUGUCGGUGUUUUGACGCUGCCCACAAGUUGUUCGACGGAAAUCCCUCUCGGGAUGUCGUGUCGUGGAAUGUCAUGAUAAGAGGUUAUGUUCAUGGGGGCUUUUUCCAGCAGGCAUUUGAUUGGUUCGAGGAGAUGAAAGCAAAGAACGUCGGGCCGGAUGCUGUGACUGUGAUAAGUUUGGUCUCUGCUUGUUCUCGACUGGGUGAUUUGGAGAGAGGACGGUCGCUCCAUUCGUACUCGAGUGAACUUGGUUUCUUGACAAACAACCUCAAGUUGAGCAAUGCAAUCCUUGAUAUGUAUUGUAAGUGUGGAGAUUUGGUAUCAGCAUGGAAGUUUUUCAAUGAUAUGGAUGACGGGGACUCGGUGACCUGGACUACCAUGAUCUCAGGUUUGGCUAACUCUGGGAGUUUUCAAGAGGCUUUGGAGUUGUUUGGACUUAUGCAGCGUGAGAGGGUCUGGCCGGAUGAGGUGGUCCUCGUGAUAGUGUUAUUGGUUUGUGCUCAGUUGGGGGCUCUCGAUCAAGGUAAAUAUGUCCACCUCCUCAUAAACCGAUACAAGGUGAAGCGAGACGUUGUGCUUGAGACUGCUCUUGCGGACAUGUAUGCAAAGUGUGGGGCCUUAGAUUUUGCUCUGCAGGUCUUCGAGAAGAUGAAGGAAAGGAAUGUUUUCACAUGGAAUGCGAUGAUUGGUGGACUGGCAAUGCAUGGGCAUGGGGAACGUGCAUUGGAGCUUUUUGAAAGGAUGUUGAAUGAGAGAAUCGUGCCUGAUGACGUGACUUUUAUAGGGCUCUUAUCUGCAUGCAGUCAUGCAUGUUUGGUCAAUGAGGGUAUCAAACUUUUCAGGAUGAUGCAAGAUGUGUACCAAAUUCAGCCAAGGAUGGAGCAUUAUGGAUGCAUGGUUGACUUGUUUUGUAGAGCAAGGUUGGUGCAAGAUGCUCUGGCUUUUAUAGAAAGCAUGCCCAUCAGGCCAAAUGCGGUACUGUGGGCUAGUCUUAUUGGAGCAUGUAGGGCUCUUGGAGAGAUUGAACUUGCAGAGAAGGCCAGUAAACAUGUCAUCGAAUUGGAACCUGACUCCUGUGGCCGAUACGUGAUGCUGUCAAAUUUGUAUGCCGGCAUUAGAAGGUGGGAUGAUGCCUUGGAGGUCAGAAACCUGAUGAGAGCCAAAGGAAUUGAGAAAGCUCCAGGAGCAAGUUGGAUUGAGUUGAAUGGAACAGUUCACCAGUUUGUUGCAGGUGACAGAUCACAUCUCCAAACAAACGAGAUUUAUAUGAUGGUGGAAGAAAUGUGCCAACGGGUAAGGUCUGCUGGUCAUGUUUCGGGUACCAUGGAAGUCUUGUUUGACAUAGAGGAGGAAGAGAAAGAGCAUUCUCUGUUCCUACACAGCGAGAAGCUGGCUGUUGCCUUUGGCUUGAUAAGCACCACUCAAGGCUCACCAAUUCGAAUCACUAAGAACCUUCGUGUCUGUACCGAUUGUCAUUCUUUCCUCAAGGCUGUUUCUGAAGUUUUUGGUAGAGAGAUAGUUGCAAGGGAUCGAAACCGAUUUCACCAUUUCAGAGAAGGCAUUUGUUCAUGCAAGGACUUCUGGUAGUUUUCAGGCCAUCAUGCAAAUGGGAAACUGCUUUGGCUUCCAAGUCAUACAGAUACUCUUGUUUUCUGCAUUUGGGCAUGCCAUGGUAGUAUCUCUUGCUGGCUGAAGUUCACUUUUUGAUUUAUUGGAAGACCAUAAGGGGAUUGUAUGCAUAUCUUGAAAUGAGAGACAGCUUCUCACAAUGCAGGAAGGGUAUCUACAUAUCAUUUCAGAUGCUUCAUGAGGAUCGCUAGUCACGUUAUGGACUAUUUUGGCCGCCUCGCAUAGAUCUGAAGAGGAUACGAGAACAUGAUCCAUCACAUUCAAGCUAAAUUGCUCAUCAAAUUUUUUGAGGCUAUAACUUUUCCAUACAAGGUACCUUUUUUUUUAUAAGAAGGUUGUAUGUAUACCCUUCUAAAUAUAUAAAAUUAUAUAAAUAUCCUCAUAAAAUUACUAUUUGCAUGUAAAUCCGUCCUCUCUCUUUUUUGCAUAUGUACCCGUACCAUCUAACGUCGUUAAAAAAUAAACAGCUUAAAACUAAAAUAACUGAAAUACUCUUAUGGGUAGAUAUGUAAAAAAAAUUAUAAGAGAAUACACGCAAAUAGUAACUUUACGAAAGUAUUCAUGCAAUUUUACAUAUUUAAAAGAAUAUACAUUUAAAAAAUAUAUUAACAAAAAUCAAAACUCGACUGGAACUUGCUAAGUGUUUUAUGAUUCAGUUGGAUCGAUAAGUUAAAAGAAGCUUGAGCUACAUUGUCAAUUUUCUUUUUUAAAAUCAUGACUCGGUCAAGUUGGAAUGUUAGGUAAUCAUUUUGGUAAUGCUAUUCUCCAUUUGAUUUUGAUAUAAUUAUCAUUAUUGAAUCUAUAACAUCUAUAUAUUCUUUAUUAGUUUAAAAUAUUUAAGCAUAUCAAAUUUAAAUUAAUUAUAGAUGUUUAGAUUAGUAAAAUAUUUUUUAGUAAUUUUUAAAUGUUGAGUUGUUUGUUUUUUAGGCAAGAAUUUUGUAAAAGUAAUAUGAAUCAUUCUAUAAGAGUUAAUAUUAACAUGAGAUCAUGUGAUAUGAUAAUACUAAUCCUUUUUUGUCACCUUUUUUUAUUAAGAAUAACUGAAUUAUUUUACUAAAUUUUAAUCAUUUUUAUUAGAUUUUUUUAAGUUAUACCCUCUUAAAUAUGCGUAAUGACAUGAAUAUUCUUGCAAAAUUGCUAUUUGUAUGUAUAUCCUUAUAAAAUUUUCUUUUUGUACAUCUAUUUGUAAGGGUAUUUCAUUUAUUUUAAAUUUA